AUGGCAUCAAAAUUAGUUUACGGAUACUGGAACACCAGAGGAAGAGGUCAAUAAAUUAGAUUCUUACUUGAAUAUGUAGAAGCCAGCUACGAAGAAAAGAUUUACCACUUCAAUAACCCUGACGAGUGGUUUUAAAAAGACAAAAAAACUUUGAAGCCUUUCCCCAAUCUACCUUACAUUAUUGAUGGGGAUUUCUAUUUGAGUGAGCAUGAUAGCGUCAUUAAGUACAUAGUUAAAAAACACCCCAAAUAUCAAGAGUUAAUUGGAGUUGGCAAGGGUCCUAAUGAUGAAUUUGUUAUUGAUUAGCUAAUUUCUGUUAUUAAUGAUCUCAGAUAAACUAUUCGUGAUUUCUAUUUCAAUCCUAAAAUCUUAGAAAUCAGAAAGGAUGUUCUUCCUAAUACUCAUCCAAAAUUCAAUUAGCUUAUUGAAUUCAAAGGUAAAAACACCUUCCUUCUCCCUUACUUAACUAUUGCUGAUUUCAAGCUUGUCGAAGUCCUUUUGUACUACAAGUGUCUUGAUGAAGAACUUUUCAACACUCAUUUGAGCGUAUUUGAACCUUACAUCCAAAGCUUCUACUCUCUCCCAAGAAUUUCAGAAUAUGUCAAAACCGAUACAUACAGAUCUUACUCUGAAUUCUUCCCUAUCUAAAAAACUACCGUAACAGGCUAAGAAUUUUUAGAAAAGUUUAAUAAAUAAUUUGUAUGA